AUGGAGGAUGAACACGAGCCGCCGUUACAGCCUCGGACUCAGUUCCAGGGCAGGGUCCUGCUCCUGACCAUCUGUGCGGCUGGCAUUGGUGGGACUUUUCAAUUUGGCUACAACCUCUCCAUCAUCAAUGCCCCGACUUCGCACAUUCAAGAAUUCACCAAUGAGACGUGGCGGAUGCGAACUGGCCAGCCGCUGCCCGACCAUCUGGUCCCGCUCGUGUGGUCCCUCAUCGUGUCUCUGUACCCCGUGGGGGGACUUCUGGGAGCGCUGCUUGCUGGCCCCUUGGCCAUCACACUGGGGAGGAAGAAGUCCCUGAUGGUGAAUAACAUCUUCGUGGUGGCCGCAGCGACCCUGUUUGGCUUCAGCCGCAGAGCAGGCUCCUUUGAGAUGAUCAUGCUGGGACGGCUGCUCGUGGGCAUCAGUGCAGGUGUGAGCAUGAAUGUCCAGCCCAUGUACCUGGGGGAGAGCGCCCCCAAGGAGCUCCGAGGGUCUGUGGCCAUGACCUCAGCCAUCUUCACCGCCCUGGGGAUCGUGAUGGGUCAGGUGGUUGGACUCAGGGAGCUCCUGGGUGGCCGGCAGGCCUGGCCCCUGCUGCUGGCCAGCUGCCUGGUGCCUGGGGUGCUCCAGCUGGCCUCCCUGCCCCUGCUCCCCGAGAGCCCACGCUACCUCCUCAUUGACUGUGGAGACUCCGAGGCCUGUCUGGCAGCGCUGCAGCGGCUGCGGGGCCCCGCGGACGUGGCCGGGGAGCUGGCCGAGUUGGAGCGGGAGCGCGCCGCCUGCCAGGGCCGGCGCGCGCGGCGCCCGUGGGAGCUGUUCCGGGACCGCGCGCUGCGGAGGCAGGUGGCGAGCCUGGUGGUUCUGGGCGGGGCCAUGGAGCUGUGCGGGAACGACGCGGUGUACGCCUAUGCGUCGGCAGUGUUCAGCCAGGCGCGGAUUGCCCCGGAGAAGGUCCAGUACGCCGCCAUCGGGACCGGGGGCUGCGAGCUGCUGGCGGCGCUGCUCAGCUGUGUGGUGAUCGAGAGGGUGGGCCGACGGAUGCUGCUGAUGGUGGGAUACGGCCUGAUGACCUGCUGGGGGAGCGUCUUCACAGCGGCCCUGUGCCUGCAGAGCUGCCUCCCGUGGAUGCCCUACCUGGCCAUGUCCUGCGUCUUUGCCUUCAUCCUCAGCUUUGGCAUUGGCCCUGCCGGAGUGACCGGGAUCCUGGCCACAGAGCUGUUUGACCAGAUGGCCCGGCCUGCUGCCUACAUGGUCUGUGGGACGCUCAUGUGGACCAUGCUCUUCCUAGUCGGGCUGGGGUUCCCCUUCAUCCUGGAGGGCUUGUCCCACUUCCUCUAUGUUCCUUUCCUCUGUGUCUGUGUCUGUGGGGCCGUCUACACUGGCUUCUUCCUCCCUGAGACCAGAGGCAAGAGCUUCGUGGACAUCUCAGAGGAAUUGCACAGACUCAACUUCCCCGGGGUGGAGCCAGGGCCCCGCGUGGACAGGCCGGAGGUCAUCCGGUCCACAGAACUCUAG